GAGAGAGGAGGUGGCAAAGCGAGGAGAAAAUUUUCUCUCUUCUCUGUGUUCUCUCUGCUCGGUGCGCGGGCACUGCAUCGCCGCAACGGUAAAAGCCUGCCAGUCUGCCGUGAGAUCUCGUUCAAUUAAUAAGUGCAAGCCUGGAGCUUCUUCGGUGUGCUAUACUACAGACGUAUAUUGCAAAUUGUGCGAUUAUAUAGGGCCGAGGCAGUGGUGCAGCUGUGACGCGGUCAGCUUCGAGGAGGGACGAUUUGUGUGCAUAUAUAGUCGGUUGCGAGGGGAGAGACAGAGAGAGAGAGAGGCGUCUUGCUGAGAGGGUGAGAUGCCGGAGUAGACGGGGAUACGCGCGAGGGGCAUCGCUCACCGCAGGUCCUCUCGAUACUUGAACAAUGGGCGGAGUGCAAAGCGGAACGCAUAAUUUUGGCGAUGCACUGUGGAUGCAGGAAAGGCAGAAACAGAAAUGCCACCGAGACGGCAGCCGCUACGACAGCAACGGGCAUGGCCCCCAACAAGCCCAGCAAAACAGCGGCAGUAACAGUUCGACGCAGGAUAGUCGCAAGCUCCUGAAGCGCACGCGAAGUCUCGCGGUCAUCUCGGAGGACGAGUCGAGAGCUGCGAGCAGCGGCGGCGAUACCUGUACCCUCAGGCUCGGAUCGUCCUGUGGAUCGACGCCUUCGCCCUUUGAUUCGGCAGCUGCUGCAGCGUCGCUACAGCGACGCAGGCACCAGCUCAUUCCCCGGGCGAAGCUCAUCGAUCGGAACUCCUUGAAGGAUAGACUGUCGAAGAGCCAGCAGCAUCUGCACGAGUCGUACGAGCGUUACGCCGAGCCAGGACAACACGAGCGCGUCUGCCAGAGUCGCUCGGUCUGCGGUCUCUAUUCGUUACCGCCACCCCUCGAGCCAUUACCAUACGCCGCUCGAGCUUCCUGCUACACAAGACAGCAGCAGCAGCAGCAGACGAGUUACGUCGUCGAGGACUGUCUCGGCCCCGAUAGGCUCAACAUCCUCAAGUGGCCCGAGGAGUCGCCCAGGAGAUAUAGGAGCGUCCAGGACCUCAACAGUGUCAGCGGAUUGGUCGAUAUCGUUGAAGAUAAUUACUGGCCGGGAGAGGAGAAUCGCAGCGUUGAUUGCAUUUAUACUCAGGUAAAGCGAAAGCGUAAAGAGCACCGAAGUCUGGAUAGUAUUCUCUUCGAAGACGACAGCGACGAGCUCGAGUACUUCGACAUCUUGAACCUCUUGCCACUGUCGAACGUUCGAUUGGAAGUCGGCGAGUCGGACGUGCCGAACAAUAACGCUAUUCCGGAUACUGACGGUAAAGAGCCACCUAAUCGGGAGUUAAAAUCAAAUCCAACAGUUAUUUCCGUCUCGACGAAGCCAAAGCCAGUCAGCAGCAGUGAGAAAUGCUGCAAGCACCGUACCAGCGGCGUUCGAAUUACGGAAAUUGACGAGAUUGUUCCAGCAGAUAUCGAGGAGAAGAAAUCGAAAAAUCACCCGACCGCUAUUUUUGAGCCCCCGGCUAGCAGCGACAGAUCUGUGGCAGACAAAGGAAUCACAUCGUUUCCCGAGCUGGCGAGGGAGAAGCGUCAAUUCGAAAGCACAUGUUACGCCUACGACGGUAAGUUCGAUUUGCUGAAAAGACGGGAGAAUCAGCGCAGAAAGACCGUCGAGUCGUGUCAGUCGAAGACAAAGAAAGCGGCGAAGAAGGAAGAGGCUGAUCAAACAAAGAAGGAGAUACAGAAUUUGCACUCGGCGGAGGAGAAGAAGCCAAAGGUGGAGGAGACAGAAGACACAAAGUCCAUUUGGAUAUCCGACAACGAAGAAACCGACGAGAUGUCCCGACGACCACAGGUACUCAAGAUCAUUGACAACGACAUCACCAAGUCCAAGUCUUCCGCGCCGAAGACUAUCAACAUCGAAGUGAAACCCAAGGACAAUGACGUCGCUCACAAAGAAAACGUCUACGAAAACGCUACAACGAAUUACCAGACGUACCAGGCAUCGAACAAACCAGAUUUAAUAAACGAUCACAUCCACGAGCCAAAGAGCGACAUGGAAGCCGAGAAGGAGAAGGACAGAUUGAGCGUCGAAAACGCGAGAAGUUUCUUCGAGAAGAAGAGCUCGGAUCAAGAGCCGUUAGCGAAUCGUCAUAGCGAGGGAAGAUUCGAGAGGAUCGUAAAAGAAACUUCGAAUAUCCUCGGGAAAGCUUGCAGCGCCGUGAAAGGUAGUUUGGGCUUUGAAGCGAGAUCCGAGAGCUCGGAUUUGGGACUGGGAUCGGAAAUAGGAAGCGACGUUAGAAGAUUAUCCGUCGACGAGAAUACGAACGUUAUCGACGAGAGAGCGAACGAUCAGAAACAGUCCAACGAGUGUAACAGACAGUACGACGACGUGAACGACAAGAAUCACAAGAAUUACACUAACCUCACGAGAUCCAGGAGCUGCAUCGACUCGAUCGAGUGUCAGGAUUCCGAUGAACCGGAAUUCGAUCACGUGCGUUACAAGAUCGUCAAGUCGAACAUGUUCAGCAAGAACAUCUUCAACAACUCGAAGAAGGACGUCACGUACGACGGGCUGAUGCAGUAUCUCCGAGAGUAUUCGUUCCAGGAUCUACUGAUGGACAACAACGUGGUGAUAAUUGAACCAGUCAGAGCCGAGGUAGAACGCAAGCCUUCGUUCAACGAUUCGAAGCUCAAAUCCAGUCCGAGUUUCAAAGUCUCCUCCAACGCCCUAGAGAAAAUUAAAGCUUCGGAUCUGCGCAGUGCCGAUCAGAAGAGCGAGAAGACGGGCGAGAAUCACUUUGCAAAAACGCCGAGGCAGUCCUCGCUCCGGAAGCAUUUCUUCUACCAGCCAAUCAGGGUGAAUCGCGAACUUAACGAUGACGAAUUGCCCGACCCCGACACCGUGAGAAAUGUGAGAAAAAUGUUCGAGGAGACUAUGAAGGGAAAAUUAACAGGCAACCCCGAGCUGACGAGGGACUGCAGCGCGAGAAAAAGCGUCAGCAUGAAGGAUCUGAGAACGAUAGAGAUCAGGACGUUCGACUGCGAAUCCGAAAAGUCAGCCGAAGCUCCCAGGUCGAGAUGUUCCAGCCGGGCCAAGGACCUCACCAAGAUGUUCGAGAACAUGGAGAAGGCAUCGUCACCCUCGUCCAUCACCGCUGAAUCUAAGGACGACGUGGACAGUCCCAGAGUCGAGUCUAAGACCCGAACCCUCGCCCAGUCCUUUGAGGCAAGAAGUGGACAAACGUCGCCCAGCAACUCCAACUCGUCCAAGCUCCGAGUUAACAACCGAUAUCAUCAGCGACAGCUGCACAACUGGGACGCGGGAAGCGUGAGCUCGGGCGUUUCCAGUGAUUAUCCGGACACCGAUGCUGGCAGCGCGCCACAUUGCACCUCGUCGGAGGACGAGGAGCUUUAUUGCCAGGACGACGACGGUGUCGACGAGCGAUACGAGGGUCAUUACGUCUCGCCGGAUGUCCUGAAGAAGAUUCGAGAACACGGCACUUCGGUUACCUACUACGGCGGUAAAGUCGUCAACACCUGCAACGGACCCUUGAUCUGCCCGAUGGUCUGCAAGAAGUCCAAGGGAUCGAAGAAGUCUCUGGACUACGUCAAGUUUCGCUUGGUGAAGAGCAACUCCUGCGACAGCAGACUCGAGCUAACCGGUCGAGUCAUCGAGAACAGAAACAAGUACGAAUCGGCUGCCGCUGACAAGUGCAUGGACCUGAGACAAUUCACUAUAGACGAGACACCCAGCAUCGAAAUAACUUCUAUGGAACAGACCGACGGUAAGCACGUCGACGACAAAGCUGAAGCCAAAGAAGAGAAGCGCGAGCCGCCGGUGGUGAUCGGUCUGGAGCCGAAAAAAGAGGAGAACAAAAGUUUCAAGGCGGACUUCAAGCUCGGCAAGCUCGAGGAUUGCGCGGCUUCUUCGAUAAAUAGAUUCGCGCCGAGUGCGCUAACGAGGUGGCAGAUAAACGAGAACACGUGGAAACGGACCUCCGACUUCGGCAAGAUGGAGUUCGAGGAGUUCGAGGUUCUCGAGGACAGCCUCAAUGGGGCGGAUAACUAGAGUUUCGAUAAGUUAAGCAAGCGUACUAUGUAUACUUGUGGAAUGCAACGAGUUGAGUUAGAUUUCUUUUAGCUUUAAUACCGAUCGAUACAGUCAUUAUACAGCGAAGAUGAGAGUGUUUUCAAAAUUUCGUACUUUUAGAGCGUUGUUAAAUUUUCUUUUUUAGUUAUACAUGUAUCAUAAGUCACGACAUACAUAUCAUUUAGGUACAAUGAGCGAGUACUUAUAUGAUCAGUAUGGAGUUUAAACAAUUUCUGUGCACUUUUGCCGCAUGAAAGUUAAGCACAGAUGAGGGCAUUACAGUAUAAUAAAUUAUACUUUAUUUUUUGAGAAUAAGAGAAAAAUAAAGUCAUGAGCCCAGUGUAACUGUGAAAAAUUUAUCUAUUUAUAAUAUAGCUUGUCUCAAGUCACAUUGUAAUGUUACGUUGUUCAAUAAAAAGUUAAAAGUCAA